AUUUAUUAUCAGAAGCUGAAACUAACAGAGUUUGUGAAAUUAUUGUUGAAUUAACAAAAACACUUACAGAUGAAAAUAAUAAUUAUUUACAAUCUGUCUUUAAAAAUUUAAAUGUUUUUACGACUAUUAAAACUGAAGUUCAAAAAU